AUGACCGAGUGGUUAGAAAGGUGGCCGCUCACUGCUAAAAACUCUAGAUAUAUUCCAGGAAGUAAGACGGAGGAUAUCCUGCUUGACGACAAGAAGUCCGUGACUUGGUGCGCCGUCCAAUGUCUGGGAUCCCCCAGCUGUCUGGCCAUGGACGUCUGUUACCUCCACACCUCCACUCGAUGCCGGAUGUGGAGUGCUCCACCGGGAGAGGAUUCCACCAACAAGCCGAACUGUCGCCGCUUCUUAACAGCACAAACACAGAAUCCACCAGCGGACCAAGAUACAACGGCUCAAGAAACAACUUCAGCCGCCAUCGAGUGUACAAACGGCUGUUCCUGCUCUGCCAUUACUGACCAAUUUUCCGCGGGAAAGCAACUUUACUCUGUCACUCUAAACGGAGACUCGACCACUUACGCCUGCAAACAAGGAGCUGAUGGGAGAAUUUGGACCACCAUUCAGCGCAGAACAGAUGGUUCGGAGAAUUUUCAUGGAAAACUUUGGAUGGAUUACGAGAAGGGGUUUGGAUCGAUUUCCAACGAGUUCUGGAUAGGUUUGGGUGAGAUUCACCGCUUGACGUCACUAGGACUGACCGUGCUAAGGAUACAGUUGGAGUUCUCUGACAACACCGUACAGUACGCCAAGUACUCAAACUUUACCGUGGGAGGACCAGACUCCAACUACCGACUGCACAUCGGGGGGUACAGUGGAGACGCUGGGGACAAUAUAAUUUUGCCGGACCCCGGAGUCAAUCUGAACGGUAUGAUGUUUACGACAGUGGAUAAGGACAACGACCUCUAUAACGCGGACAACUGCGCCGUUAGCAUCAAAGGGGCCUGGUGGUUCAACAACUGUGGGUAUUCCAAUCUGAAUGGGAUGUACUCCGACUCAAAGUUUGCAUGGGGAUUCAAUGUUCUUAAGUUAACUAAAACUCUUAUGUUAAUUCGAUCUCCGUGAGACUUUGAGGCUCUGAAAAUCCACAUAAACUAAUGUUCUAUUUUCGUUUUUGUAUAACGAUAUUGAUACUAUGGGAGGGUCAUACCCAUACACAUCGUAACCCUACUUUACAUAUAUUCUUUUGAGGGAUAGUUCAUUAAGGAUAGGAGUAGCUGUCCAACAUUGCUUAAUAUCUUUUCGGAAAUAAAGUCAAUAGUAUUUUUCCUGAGCAACUUCUCCCAACUGUUAUUCUAGAAACUAACUAGCAUUGCCUCAUACAUGUAACUACUUCUUUUGGGUAGUGACAGUUUGUCUUACAAUACAAACUGCUUUAUUUUUUCAGCAGUUCAAAACUUUAUUAAAGAGUCUGGAAGAUUUAAUAAUUUUUUUCUUGUUUUUGCU